CUUCGUUAAGGCAGACACCCCAAAGCCCCCAAAGUCCUUCUCCUACUAUAAUCCGGGCGCCAGCCUCUCCAACGACCCUGAAUAUGCGAGCAGCAAAGAUACCUACCCUUCUGUGAUCACGAUACUUUAUACAUGCCACAUUCAGAAAAGCAAUCGUGACACUGCUGCUGUUCCAUCAUGGCGUCCACUACAACAAUCGUUGUGACGAGCAGCUCCAGUAGCACAGAGACCAUAACGACAUUGGCCAUGACAACAAUUUUUACACCGCCAGCGGACUGCUCGAGCUCUUGGACUUACGAACCAUAUUCCCAAAAUCAAGUAUCAAACGGUCUGCUGAUGCAAAAUUGCGUCGCAGCCGAUCCAACAUGUUUCCCUUCCGGAUAUUCCCACGCUGGGAGACAGCUCAUAACCGCUCAUGUUUAUAGCCCUGGGUGGUGUCCCAUGGGAUACACAUCCGCAGAUAUGGUUAUAGCACAGUCUACAACGACUGCAUUUUGCUGCCUUUCAAACUUCGAUUGGGUCAGUUUCACAACGCCUCAAGAAUGGGGGCUUGCGACAUUUGCCGGCUGUUAUAGCAUGUUUCCAUCAACAAGUUCGACAAUAGUGACUGUUCGACAAAGCGAUAUAAGUACACAAGUCACCGGGCCCAUCACAAUGUGGGCUCAACCCAUCAAGAUAGAGCUGCAGUCUUCUGAUUCCAGUCUUUUCGUUACGGCCUCGGCAACAUCCUCGACCUCCACUACGCCAACUACCACGGUCGCCGAACCCGCCUCAACAACUUCUGUCGCAUCUUCGACUGUUCCGGCUACCUCCACAAGCUCCUCUGCGACGAAUAACAGCUCCAGUGGUUUAACUAGCGGUGCUGAAGUUGGAAUUGGGGUGGGAGUGGGCGUUGGUGCCCUCAGUCUCAUUAUUGGUAUCGUUUUCCUGAUCUUGCGGCACUACAAAAUGAGGAGAAAGCAAGCACCUAUUGUGGAUGCCCAGUAUCCAUAUUAUUAUGGAGGCGAGCUCGUUAAUACAGGGAAAUUCAGACAGAUGGCUCCGGCGGAGUUGGCUACGAGUCCUGGCGGCGGAAAUCAUACAAAUAUCCAUGAACUUGUUGCUUAGAGGGCGGUGGAUCGGCGAAUACUAUAUACCCCCAGUUCUUGUUUCAUCGGCUGGUCUGUUGAGUUGUUCUAGAAGCAUUUCUGUCUGUUUAACACAUUGCGGGGUUGCAGGGCAUUUAAAUGCUGUUUAUAAUCAUGAUUUGACGCUCUUGUUUCAGGUACACUGUAUAUACUAUCCUCAUUGGAGACCAUUUUAUACCUCCAUCUCUUAUUUACCUCAAUAGCGCAGAAGACACAUGCUGGCAGUACUUCUGGAACUACCAAACAAGUGCUUCACAGUGUAUUCAUUUAAACAGUGGUUAUUAAUAUCAAG